AUGGAACCGCCAAGAGGUGUGCUGCCGGCAGCUAACACGGCCGUAGGAAAGGACCAGGCAGAUAUCGAUCCGUGGCUCACUGCUGCACACAUCCUCCAUGCUCUCGUCGUCUGCGCCUCCCGCGUCCCUCCGUUCACUGAGCUGCCGCAAAAACAGAGUCCGGUCGCGUCUGCGGCGGCGAAUUUGUCGUCAGGCGCUGGGCCGCGAGCGAUUAGCGGUCGCCCCGACGCGAGAGUGCUCCAAGAUGCAAAUGCUAUGAGGACGUCCAGAGUAGAAAGAACAGAUUACUGCUUCGAAAUUUUCAAAAAUUGAAAAAAAGUAUUUAAAAAAAUUAUAGUCUGUUCAGAAAACGACUGACGAGGGAAGUGUCUAAGGUUAACAUGACAUAUCUGGUCCAAACUUCUGUGGUAGAUAGUUCUAGAUAAGAUACUUGAAAAAAAAUAAUCAUCUGCUAGCCGCUACAGGGUAUCCAGGAAAUUCUCUAAAAAUUUAUUUUUAUCCGGUUCUUUAAGACGAAAGAUUCUCGUGUUUCUAGUGAUACGGUCGUUCAUUUUUGAUUUGAUUCUACUCACUAUUAUCUCCGAUCGGCAACUGCUGAAAAACUCCAUAAACGAAAUUUUAAGUCUUUGAAGAAAUUUCGAAAUUUCAUCCAAAAAAAGAAAAAUUCUGAACAAACAUAUUCAAAGUUCAAAAAAAAAAUCAAUGUAAGAGAGGGAGGCGUCCAAGUUUACUGUCAUGGAGCCGUAUGCAAAAAAAGUAAAAACGCGUUCUCCCAUACCUGAUAAAAUUGAACUGCUUAAUCAUGUUAAAAAGGAAGAAAUCAAUUCAUCCAGUGCUCGGAAGACUUUAUUGAUGGAGGGUAGAAUAAACGAAUUCAUGAAAUUAUAGGAAAUACCGCUUUCAAAGAAAAAUCAGCGAGAAAGAAAUGAACGUCAUAGAGUAAAAGGGUGACAAAAAUGUGGAAAGUCAAAGAAAUCUCGAUUCCAUAUAUAUUCGAAACUUCUUUGAACUCGUAAAUUGAUCGUCGAUUGUUGGGUGAAGUACGCAAACAGCGGACUUGACGCACGGAAUAGAAAUAAGGUUUUUUGGAAUAUUUGCAGCAAAUUACCGAUUCUACUAAUCUACAGUGACUGAAUAUGCAAAAAAAAAAAUGCAUAAAUUCGGUCUCUAACGUACAAACAGCGAUUCCGAGCAAAAAAAAACCGAAAAAAAAGAUUCUGAAUAAAUGGGCAAACGUGCAAACGAAAAUAAAAUCAAGCUUCUCUUUAAGAUUAAUCGAAUCGAGUCGAGUGAAGUAGUUCCUAAUGAUCUGUUCGCAGAUAUUCUUAUAGUCUAAACGCUUUAUAGAGACCCCAAAAUGGUACGCAUGAGCAUUGCAGGGUUCAGAUGAAUGUCUGCCGAAAAACACUUUCCUUUGAAUAACUUUAGAUUCUCAAUGGAUUUCUUUUUCAAUAUCCUGAUCGUAGAUCUCUUCACUGCAUGCACGGAAGAGGAAAUAAUUCCUUAUCGCAAAAUUGCGUAUCAAUAAAGGACAUCAUGGCAUCGAUUCUAACUUCAAGCCACUCAGUCUAUGGCGUUCCGAAUCGCACUUUUUGUCCUGCUAAGCUUUUAUGGAGUCUCUUCUCUGACAACGAAAUCCAGAAUCGGCGACGAAUAUCAGGUUCCUUCGUGUUCUCAAUUGUCCUCAAAAUUUUCAUUUUUCAUCGGAAAUUUUUUUUUCUCAAGUGGACGGAUUCAAUUUGACAGUCCACGUUCUGUUCGUCAAGCUCAAGAUUUAUCAAAUUUUCUUCAAAAUAGUUUUCCCUUUAAUACUGAUCUCUCAGAAAUUAUUCAUCGUUUCAUAAUCCGAAAAACUCAAGUUUGAAAUGAAAAGAAACUUUACAAAAGUAUUUUGCACUGGGGUCAAAAAAAGUAUAGCCAAAUCAAAUGAUUACAGCUUGGACGGCUGAUCACAAUCGACGUUGAAAGUACGCUGACAUGUUUUUUUGAGCCUCUUGAAAAAGGAAUGCAACUUCUGCUCAGUAUGCGGGUAUAGUUGCGCUUAUUUUUUUACAGGGUUUAUAAGCCAUACAAUAUUUACCAACUUUGAUAUCCUGUAGCCCGCGGCCAACUCGAGGUUCCCCAUGCAGUUCCGUGCCACGUCGCCGAGCACGGAAUUUUCCGACUGGGCAACCGGAGACGGACACGCAGAGAUGCAGCACAACGUCACAGAAACCGGUCAGACUUGAUUAUUACUAGCCAUUAAUUUUUUCCUUUUUUUUGUGCAUUAUCUUAGUUAUGCGGUGCAUAGGAAGCAAUAUUUGGAUGCCGGUUUUUUUGAAAUGCUUUCUUUCAAAAAAAAAAUCUUUUCAUCCCGUUGUUGUAAGUCAAACCCCAAAUUUUUUGUCCGAAAGAAAAUUUUUUAAAAAGGUUGUUCAGGCGACUAUGAGUUUUGUCUGUAUGCGCCGAGACCUGUCAGAGUCCACUUCUUUAUUCAUUUUCAUCACCCCGAGAAAGUUGAAAAACUAUUAUAAACUUAUCGCAAAAAAAAAAUUAAGGUGGAAGAAUCGUUGAAACAGUAUUUCGAAGCAAAAGACAUGAGCGCAGGAAUGCAGGUUCAGGCUGCAGAUGUUCAGAAAAUCAACCAGUUAUUCAGAAAACGAUGAGCAACGUCGUCCACAAAAUUUAUUCUAUUUAUUACUCCAUCAAGUUUUAUAACAAGGUUUGUUAUUUUUAUUCUCGAAAAUCACUAAAAUGGAAAAAGUCAGGUAUCCGUUGGUGACACCGCACUUCAAGCAAAAAAUGCAGACUACAUCCAAAACUACAGUAUCCUGUUUUGUUUGCUUUCUGUGGCGAUUACGGUAUUGCAAGUUAUCGUUGUCCGACGGAUGUUCCAUAUCGACACGAAAAGAAUUAGAAUUUGA